UGUUCGUUCGUACAUCGCGGCUCUCGUCGAUUUGGCCGCUGGGAGGGGGGAGGAGGAGGCUCCCCAUCCUCCCCUUCUCUCGCUCACGCUACUACGGUUAUCCUGUAUAUACUUUUGGAUGCGAAAAACGCGCAUACCUGCACCAUCAACGAGCAUGGAGAUACCUAAGACGGUGCAAGAAGAAAUAAACACUGUGCAAAACAAGAUGAAGAAUGCCAUACGUGAUCAUACGAUAUACUUUGGCAAAUUGAAAGAUGAUCCAAACAAUACUAUUAUUCGCGGACGAAUACAGGACAUCCAUUGGCACAUCAUCUCCCUGGAUAAAAGUCAAAAGCAAGUCCUAGAGCGAUUGCGCAAAGAUGUCGAGGCAUUCAAUGCACAAAAUGCGAAUGGGCCAAAAGUUUCCCUAGCAUCGUUGCUUGGCUUGAAUAAUAACAAUAAUCAUAUCACGAAUAAUAAUGAUAAGAAAAGUAGCAAGGUGGUGGGAAACGACGCCAACAAUUUCGAUGUUAAAAUAUCGAAAGAUGAUUACGAGGACACGGUGCGCAACAGCGACGUACCUUCCCCCUCGCAAGAGAACUCAACUUCCAAAGAUCGAUCGAGCUCGGUGGAGACGAUAUCAGGAGGCGAGGAUGACGUUAUUGAAGUCUCCAUGGAUGAAAAUUCAAACGAGACGCAAGAGGAGACGCUUGAUGAGAAGGAUUUAAAAAGCGAUGUUAACGAAAAGAUAACGUUUUUAUCAAAUUUAAAUCUGAUCACCAAUGCGAGAUGUUCCGAAUUACAGAACAAAAGGGUAGAAAGGAAACGACGUAGUACAGCUAAUCCGCAGUUUGUGUAUUCCAAUUUUGAAACUCCGAUGAAAAGGAAGAGAUGUACGUAUUUACAAUCUGGUGGAAGCGCACCACAGACACGACAAACGACAGCUCGCAUGAACGGACCAUCACCACCUCCAGUUAGUAAGACAGCCUUACCGAAAUCUACUUCGCUGCCUUCGAAAACAACGAUAGGAAAAUCUCUCAUACCCUUGCAAAAGUCAAUGACAAGACCAAACAUUCUUAGGAACGCAUCGGAAAAUAAAGUCUAUCCAGGAAAGGGCAAGAUUGAAAAUGGUUCGAAUUCCGUGUCAUUACCGAUCGUUGCUACGAAAACGAUCCAAUCAGCUGGUAGUAGAACUGUUCAUAUACCAGGAUUACCUUCGUGUUUAACGAUAGAGAGGAUCGAAAAUGAUUCGAUUGUUUGUAUAAGGUGUAGAAAUCCAGGUACUUUAACGGUUUGCGAGAAUUGUUCGGCCAACUAUCAUGUAUCCUGUCAUUCCGUCUCACCAGCACCCCCAAGAAUUUGUCCGAAGUGUGCGUUCGUUGAGGAUGACGAAGAAGAGGAGGAGGAGGAAGACGCAGUGGUCCAGGAAGCCGAAGAGGAAGAUGAAGGGGAGGAAUUUAAUGGAAGGGAAUCCUGCAAUAAGGAGGAAGAGCUCGCUACAACAUCGUACGCGUCAGGAACUAUUAGGAAAGCAGGAGCGGACACAGAAAUCCAUAAAACGUCUUGUGGACUUUAUAAAGCUGAUGCAACUUCGAAAAGACACGUGCUCGCCUCCGCGCUCGGAAUCGGACAGCUACCAUCCUCGACCUUUCUCAUCCCAAUCGCCCCGAGUAAUGUCGCCGCCACCGCCGCAAACCACGAGUACUCGACAAUCAGUACAACAAUCGCAUCAAGAACCGACAUCGAGCAAUCAGAGAACAAUAACUGCAACGGUAACGGUACUGGCCGAUCCUAUUCUUCGAUCGUCCUCAACCAUUUGCCACAGUCAAACAUCAGCUACGUGCAAUCAGAGUCCCAGUUGCCAUAUACCUACCAGUUGCCAAUCAGUAACAAUGUCCAACCAGAAAAGCAUCAGUCAUACCUCAUCCUUAAGAAGAUCAAAGAACCAAUCGGAAGGUCCGGCCAGCAGCAGCAGCAACUUGCCACCAUUGGAACACAACCAGAAGGGCAGAGUAUUUCAACGUUCUUCGACUCCCAACAGCCAACCACGUCUCAGUACGAAUCACACGUUCACUCCGAGGUCACCUUCACCUACCCUUCCGUCUACCUUGAAAAGCAUCUCUCCGAGCCGAUCAACCGAGGUCGUAGUAAAAAAACAAAUCGGGCAGUACCAGGGCUCAAUCGCAUCAUCGAUUCCGAAGAAUUCUCCAUUACUACCGGCGACCAUCCGAUGGAACGAUCGGUCUGCAACGGCAAGAAGCCCAGAACCAGCAGACAAUCGAGAAUCAAACUCGGUAUCAAUCAUCUACGAUCAACAACAAGAAACAAGAGGUUACUCUUACCCGCAUACGACAGUGGCGCAAUAUCAACCGAACAGUUACCACUGUCAAACAGUGCCAACGCAAAAGAGACAUUUCUCGGUAAUUGGUCAAAGAAUCGAAUACGACCAGGAGGUGGGUUGUUCAACUCUUUCUUCCCAAGCUACGACCCCUCCUCCAGUGUCAUCGUCGACGAUACCACCAUUGUCCUCUCGCGAACCACCUGUAAUACAAACGACAAAGACCGCACAGACGUGUACCAACAAUCGUAUCGCAAAACUGACCGUUUCGAAUCAAUCGAGCACCCAAACGAACACCAGCGCGGAACCAUCUCAAAGUUCUUCGAACACGUGAAAUUGGAAGAAGCGCAUAUAUCAGCGCCACCUAGAGCAAAGCUAGCGUGCAAGAGCACGACAAACAUCGAGAUCGACGAAGAGCUCGAUCGAUUUCAUCUACAGGAUAAAGAUGACCAAAAGAAUUUUUGCAAAAGUUCCAAUAACGAAUUUCCUCGCGAACAAGAAGAAGAAGAAGAAGAAGAAGAACGAGUAGUGGGACCAAGGGCCGAAGACGAUUCCCGAUCUAAGACUCUCGAAUAUGCUGAACUCGUGAACGAAAAAUCAUGUUCGAGGAUGACAACGAAAGGUAAUGCUGAUGAUGGGAACGUUACAUCUAAAGAAGCAAUAUCGAACAUAAAAGAAAAUGAUCAGAUCUUGUCUUUGAAGAAAGAUUUCUCUGAGACGUCAUUUUCACAGUCCCAAACCGCACAAGUUAAUCCCAUUAAACCCGAUGACGAGGUAUCAGUUCCUGAUGAUAAGGCUGACGUCGAGAGACAAGACUUACACGGUGGCCGAUCGUCGUCCAGCACUCCUGACAGUGACGUUUCGAAUAAAACUUCGAUCACUGAGGAAGGACGAUCCUCCAUGAAAGAACUCGAUGAAGAUCUAGGCAUUAGCACCGUUUCUCUAGAAAGUAUGCGCGUUUUGGAACAAUUUGAGUCUGCCAUGCUGGAGGCCGAUUGUAGUAAGACCGCCACUUGUUAGAACUGCAUUUGGAUAAACGAACCUGACUCAGUUGCUUACAUUAUUCGUAGUGCUUUAUUUUUUAGUUAUUUUUCUUCUUUAACGAAUCAAACUCUCGAAACAAAAAGUAUGCUACGUUAAGGAUUAUAUUCCUGGUCUCGUCCUGACAUUAGCAUAAUAAGUGAGUUUGGCAGUAGCAGUAUUUUUCUAUUGAUUUUCCUACAUAUUUUAAAUAUAUAUCAUUCGAAUUAAAACAAUAAUGAUUGUCGUGAGAAGAAAGUGAACAAAAUUGAAACAGAAGAGAAAAUUCACUAGUAUCUCGGGGUUCCUUUUAAUCUAUUUUACAUUCUUAUUUUUGUAUUUUUAUUUAUUUAUGAAUAAUACCGAUAUUUCUUUGAAUGAUGUAUUGCGAACAAUUCUUUUUUUUUACAGAUGAAAUUUCAUAUAAUUCUGUAUGCAUCUUUGAAACUGUCUAUCAAAAAAAGAAGCAUACUUUUCAAUGAUAUCGAUAAAUUGUUCUUUUUUCUUAUUCAUUAUGAUAUACUAUGAUCCGUCUAAUGCGAUAAAUGUUCUCUUGUUAUUUUGUGCGGUACGUUCCUAAUUACGACUUCACGCGUAUUUCUCAUGAAAUCAACUAAAAAUUUAAAGAAUUCGCAUAUCGUGCAGUGAAUAAAAUGUAUGUUGUUAUAUUCAGUGUGGAGUGUUUUAAAAAAGAAUGGAAAUAAGAGAAGCCUAAUUUAAGACAAAUUUAGCCAUAUUACCAUACUGCCUUAUUAGUUUUUCGAAUAAGGUAUUUUUUAUCAAUAGUUACCGCAUACAAACCCAAGAGAAACGCACGACAUAUUGCGCUCAUUUUUGUGGGUUUAUGAUUAUAAUCAAAACUUACUACUAUUGCCGCUGCAAGUAGAUAUUUAAGAGUGUGAAUAUGAACAAACGAGUAAAAAGUGUAGUACAUAAACAUAUAUUCUUAUGCCUGGUUAAUUAACGAUUAAAUACGUAUCGAAUGUCAUUUUUCAUUUAUAUUAUUAUUACAAUUAUUAUACAAAUGCUUUUUGAUAGUUUCCGUUACGACGAUUCUUUUACUAUUAUUAACCAUAAAAGGUUUCUUUUCAAAUUGUGAACUAAAUACAUUCAUUACAUCUUGUUCACAGGGUAUGUUGAUCUGUUAUUAUGAGUUGUAUUUUUGUACCGUCGAUCAUUUUUAAAUCUGCAUAUUAUAUCAUUUAUACAAUAAUGAUUGCAAGCAUGAUUUUAUAAGAAUAAUUACGUAUUCGAUAGACUCUUUGAAAAUCUAUAUUAGUGUUCUUUUUUUUUUCGUUUUAUUUUCACGUUGAUUAAGUUGAUUUCACAUGAUAUGAUUAUAUACUGUAUACAAUUACACAAGAAAUUGUUAUGUGAUGUAGGCGACAAGAUUCAAAGUGAAAUUCGUAUUUUUAUGAAUAAACCGAUUUAAACUCAA